AUGCAUUCUAAUAUGGCUCAAGUUGCGAACAACUCCCGUGCCAGCUAUUAUCUGUCGUCGACGGAUUAUGAUUUCGAUUUUACUAAUCGUUAUGAGAAUUCUACAGGCGAUUCUAGUAUGGGAGAUUCAAACACAAGCCCUCUGUCGGCAAAGAAUUACACAAGAAAGUCUCAUACCAGGAGCUCCUCAUCGCAGUCCAGUUCUAGUCACGGAAGCGGGGAUUACAUUCUAAGAUCACCCAUACAGUUGGAAAACAAUCCAGUGGCUAUUCGCAUGCGAAACUUCAGCUUUCCCAACUUCGACGUCAAUUCGGAAAUUGACCCACUAGCCGACUCUGAAUCAAAGAGACAAUGUGCUCCCCCAGGGAAAGAUCUGUUAUCUAAAUACCAUCACAGGGCAAUGAACUCUGGUCAGAGCUCUCUAGGACCUGGAAAUUCCUAUCCAAGUUCAGAGGAAUCUUCUCCCAGAAGAAGCGCAAAUUCAAGAACCUGUUCUAGCUUGUCAUCAUUUUCAGUGGAUGCCCCAAUCCUUAAAGGGUGUGCAGAACUGUCUGCAAAUCCAUUGCAAGAACAUGUACACUUUGAAAACGAAAGUGAAAACUUAUUCAAUCAACUUAGAAGCUAUCGGAUUGGCUCGCAAGUUGAUUCUCAUAGCAACAGCGACAAAGAGUCCCAUUAUGACGAAGCUGACCUCCAGGGAUUGAGAUCUGCCUUCCUGCGGAGUAGUAGAAAAUCGAGCUUGGAAAAUCCAGGCAGACAGUUGCAGGAAUUCAAAAAGAGGCAAUCUCUCUCACGCAUGUCAACAUCAUCAAUAGUAACUCCUCAGAUGUCGCCUCAGAUGUCUCCAAGAGGGACUUUCCAUAAAAGAGCAUCUGCAAUUUCUGAUUCUCAACACACACUAUUAUUCGAUAAUUCCACCUUUAGGUUGAGGAAGAAUUCAACUUCGGAGUCUGAGUUUUCGGCCUGUAGCGGCGAAUUACCGAAAUUGUUCAAGAUCGAGACAACAGGCUAUUGCAACACAUACAAGAAACAUUCAACAGUGCCUUCGCCCAAAUUGACCAUUGAAAACACAAAAGAGCAAAUCCGCAGAAACUCGAAUGGUCAUUUUGAAAAUUUCCACCAAUUUGCAAAGCUGAAUGGGAUCGAAAGGCGUGGAUCAGUGUUUGCCUGUUUACCGGAAACUGGUGACAGCGUAACCGAUCCAAAAAUCAAUUUGGACUUUGUUACAACUUUUAAGAUGGAAAGACCUCCACGAUACAGAAAAUACAAAACGUACUUCGAAAAAAGAUUAGCAUCCACUAUAUCGGAAGAAGGCUCGAGCUCACAGCCUUCAAGUGAUUCAUCAUCGUCUUCUUCAUGCUAUUUAUAUAAAGAAAAAAACUCGAACAAAGAUAAGGAUGACGAAAUGUUGACGUUGAUAGACUUUUUGAAGACCGAUUAG